AUGACGAGAGCAGUACCGCCACUUGCAGAUCAGGAUCACGAGGAACGUCUGGCCAGCUUGGAUUCCUUUCGCGGGUUACACCAUUUCUCGUCAUUAACUCUUCAUGGAGAAUCUGGAAAUUUUAUCAGGGAACUUGUAAUUCAGGAAGCUGAAUUAUAUGUUAAUGUUGUUGUAUUGAAGGAAGUAGAGCAAUACGAUAUAGAUUUGACAGAAGCAUUAUCACGGGUUCAAUCACACAAAGAAGAGGCACAGGGCCUCCCGGUGGAUGGUCAGCCCGAGCCGUCAGAAAGCGUGUAUUUAAGGUUGGUGAAUGGGGGAAGUCGGUGUGCCGGGAGAGUGGAGAUUCGAUACAACGGAAACUGGGGGACUGUGGAUCAUGAUGACUGGGACUUGCCCGAUGCGACAGUGGUGUGCAGGGAGCUGGGCUGCGGCGCUGCACUGAAAGCCCUAAAAAAUGCUAAGUUUGGGAAAGGAUCCGGACCCGUUUUGACGAGCAAUGUUAAGUGCCACGGGAAGGAAUCCGCUUUUAAGGAUUGCAAAUCACCUCCAUGGGGAGAUAUUGGCUACCGCCACGAUUGGGAUGCCGGUGUUAUCUGCCAAGAUCACAGAGCUGUAAAAUUAGAGGCUGGAAAUGACGAAUGCUCGGGAAGAGUGGAGGUGGAGUUUGCUGAAAUCUGGGGCACGAUGUGUGACCAGCACUGGGAUUGGAGUAAUAGCAACGUGGUGUGCAAUCAGCUUCAAUGUGGAGUCGCUGUUUCUGUGCUGGGCGGAGCGUAUUUUGGAGAAGGAACAGGACCAAUAUCGAAUAAUGUCCUACGUUGUCAAGGUAAUGAGUCGAGCCUAAGCGACUGCUCAGUUGGUUCAAGGACUGAUAAUUGCACCCACAAGAAUGACGUCAGUCUCAACUGUUCCGGGAAGGACGGACCACGACUUGUUGGCGGGGAGAGCAGAUGCUCUGGCCGUGUGGAAGUUCUACACGGCGACCAGUGGGGUACACUUUGCGAUGAAUACUUCAACCUGGAAGACGCAGCCGUUGUCUGUGAACAGCUGCAGUGCGGUGCUGUAAAUGACACUCCUAUCGGUGCUCACUUUGGCAAAGGAAACGGGCCGAUGUGGAAGGACAACUACCGCUGUCUGGGAAAAGAGUCCCGAUUAGCUGACUGUCCGGUCUCAGCCUGGGGUCAGAAUAGCUGUUCUCAUGGAAAUGACGCUGGGCUCCGCUGCACUGGUGAGUCGCAAAUAAUGUGGAAUUGA